AUGACGAGCGUCUACAACACGGACGAUGACGAUGAAGAAGACCAUGCCAUGGCUCUCGACCAUCUCCCGACAAUGACCCCCGCGGCAAAGGGCCAACACGACCACCCUCUCGACCUCGCUGUCGACUCCACCGCAGACCACGACCCGGAAGACGAUGUCAUGCAGGAUGUCAUCGAGGCAGACGACCCAUGUGAGGAGGAGGAGGAGGACGACGACGACACAGACCUCCAAUCCAUAUACACACAUACCCACGCCGCUGCUGCCGCCCAGAACUACCCGCCCGUCGCCAGGACCUAUCGCACCGAAACGCCGUACCUGACGACUGAGUCGCUAGCAGGGAAUUCAGAUCUAGCGGCCUCAACCCGCUCCCUAUGGGCGCAGGACCUCGAUUACCGCGAGAUCCACGACCGCCUGUACUGCCGUGAGUGGUUCAUGCCCAUCGAUGAGAUCGAGCAGCUGCGGCUGUCGCUCAACCACCAGGUGUUCCUGCACGUGCUGCACGGCGAGCACACGACGGUCAAGCUGGACAAUCCGCAGCACAUACUGGACGUGGGCACGGGCACGGGCGAGUGGGCCAUCAAGAUGGCCGAGACCUUCCCCGACUGCGAGGUGGUGGGGACCGACAUUGCGGCCGUGGCCGAGACGAGCAGUGUGCCGAUGAACGUCUUCUUCGAGAUCGAGGACGCCGAGGAGUGGGACCGCAGCCCAGACCUGUACGACCUGAUCCACCUGCGCACCAUGAUGGGCGCCUUCCGCGACUGGCGCUACAUCUACGAGUGCGCCUACUACUCCCUCAAGCCGGGCGGGUGGAUCGAGCUGCAGGACUUCGACGCCACCGAGAGCGAGAUGCGCUUCGCCCAGCAGUUCUCCCCGGACUCGGCCAUCCACCGGCUCUUCGAGGACCUCGAGAUCGCCGCCGACAGGUCUGGCCGUCGACGGGGCCCCGCCUACCUGGACCCCCACCUCUUCAUGGACGCCGGCUUCGUCGACGUCCGCGUGACGGAGUACCAGAUACCCAUCUCCGUCGCCGAGAAGUCGGCCGGCAAGAUCUGGCUCAUCUCCUGCCUCGACUCCCUCGAGGCCGGGUGCCUGCGCCUGCUGACCGAACAGAUGGGCUGGGACCCGGACGAGUGCAAGAUUGCCUGCGAGUCGGUCGCCAGGGAGAUGGCCGAGCUGGCCAAGGACCCGGCCAAGUCGGAGGGUCUGGUCGUCAAGGCCGUCGUCAUCGUCGCCAGGAAACCCGAAGAUGCGCCGGAGUCUACGGGUCCCCCGCCGCAGAUGAGGGACAGGUCCAGGUCCGCAUCUCUCUCUACGGGGUCAUGA